CAAGCAUCGGGUUUGGUGUUGGCAUCACUGUUUCAACGAUCGAACAACUGAACCUGACCACUCCAUUUGGUGUUUUAGAAGUUGUGGGAUUUGUUGCAGAGUGUGGAUUCAUUUCAAUGGCGACUGUUGGAGUUGGAGCGGGUGUGGGGGGUGAUAUAUGGAAGUCCCAUGUGUCCAUGGCGAUGGUGCAGCUUUUCAAUGGUGGCUACCAUGUCAUCACCAAAGUGGCCCUUAAUGUUGGUAUCAACCAGUUAGUCUUCUGCGUAUUCCGCGAUCUCAUUGCCCUUUCCAUCCUCGCACCCUUUGCUUAUUUCCGUGAAAAACAGAUUCGACCACCCACUACUAAGAAUCUACUGGUGUCAUUCUUCUUUCUUGGAUUAACUGGGAUAUUUGGCAACCAGCUUUUGUUUCUUAUUGGUUUAAGCUAUACUAAUCCAACUUAUGCGGCUGCCAUACAACCGUCUAUUCCAGUCUUUACCUUUAUAUUGGCUGUGAUGAUGGGUACAGAAAGAGUGAACUUAGUCAGAUAUGAUGGUCUGGCUAAAGUUGGAGGAACCAUCAUUUGUGUUUCUGGUGCUGUAGUGAUGGUUUUGUAUCGUGGUCCAGCUUUGAUAGGAUAUGCGGAUAUCAAUCUCGCUAUACAAAAUGAAAUAAGUGCCAAAGGUCAGCCAGAGCCAUCUGGAUGGCUAAUUGGUAGUUUCCAGGACUUCGGGUUAGACCAUUUUCAUCUUGGGGUUCUGUGCUUGAUAGGGAACUGCAUUUGUAUGGCUGCGUUUCUAGCCAUUCAGGCACCUGUUUUAAAAAAAUAUCCUGCAAACAUAUCGGUCACAGCAUUUUCAUACUCCUUCGGUGCUUUACUGAUGGUUAUAGUGUCCUUAUUCAUGAAUUAUGAGGCAACUGACUGGACUUUGACAUCAUCAGAAAUCCUUGCUGUUAUGUAUGCUGGAACUAUUGCAUCUGCCCUUAACUAUGGACUCAUUACAUGGUGUAACAAAAUCUUGGGGCCAGCCAUGGUUUCCCUUUACAAUCCGCUUCAACCUGCGUUUUCAGCCAUCCUCUCCCAAAUUUUCCUUGGAAGUCCAAUUUACUUGGGAAGCAUCAUAGGAGGUUCUUUUAUCAUUACUGGUCUAUAUUUAGUUACUUGGGCAUCAUUUAGAGAAAAACGAGCAUCUCUUGGAGUUGGAGUAGCUAGGCCUUCCUCUUGGGUCUCUGAACCACUUGUUCAUGACAGAAUUGCACUCCAGAAAGGCCGCGCUUUCUCUGGGUCCUCCUCUGUUUCCUCCAAAACCUUAUCAGCUUAAGGAGAUGAGUUAUUAAAUGCCAAUCCAUUGUAGAAAUUGGACUCGUGGUUCAAAAUUCUGUUACUGUUACAAUUUUGUUACAUGAAUUGGUAUUUGAUUAUGCCACUGUAUUCCGUGACAAACUGUCCAUGCUGUCAUGUUAUACCGGAAUUUUGAAAUCCACAAAAGUUUUAUCUGAA